UUCAAGUGAUUUUUUAUACAAAAAUCACAUGAACUUUUUGAUGAUUGGAAGCAUGAGAACCUCAAUUCAUAAAUGCUGUCAACUUGGUACUCUUUUCUUAGUGUUCUUGUUUGUUUUCCAUUAUUUAGGAGGUCAUGGGAUAACUGUGAUGGCCGCAGAUGCAAAAGAAGUUGAGAAGUUUAAAGUUGGAGUGGUUCUUGAUUUGGAUGUAGCCGAGGUUAAGGUUUACGUGACUUCCAUGAACAUGGCUCUCCAUGACUUCAAUGCAUCUCGUAAGAGAAAAUUGGAUUUCCAUUUUCGGAAUUCUAAGGAAAAUAUCCUAGAUGCAGCUUCUGCUGCUAUAGAUCUGAUCAAACAUGAAGAAGUGCAGGCUAUCAUUGGACCAACGACAUCAGCACAAACUGUUUUCAUGAUGCACCUCGGAGACAGAUCUCACGUUCCAGUUAUUUCUUUCAGUGCAACAACUCCUUCUAUUUCGCCAUCUCAAAAUCCCUACUUCAUUCGCACAACACUAAACGAUACGUCUCAAGUGAAUGCUAUUGCUGCCAUUGUUGAAGCUUUUGGAUGGAGAGAAGCUGUACCUCUUUACGCAGAUACCGAAUAUGGGAAAGGUAUUAUUCCAUAUUUGGUAGAUGCGCUUCAAGAUAUCAACACCAGAGUUCCUUAUAGGAGUGUAUUAGAGCUGGCAAACGGGCGGGUCGGGGCUGGCUUGUGACCAACCCGCGGGUUACGGGUUAAAACAAGCCUAAGCUUGCGGGUUGAUAUUCUUCACGGGUUGUCAUUUUUUCAACCCGUGUCCGUAACGGGUAAAA